AUGGAGGAACACAGACCUCCGAAACGCCUUCGCUCAAUGGCCACAAAUCAAGAUGGACAUCCUAGGUGGUCGGGCAACCCUGGCAUGGACCCCAAGGACACUGACCGAGCAGACAGCCUUGUGGAACGAAGCCAGCCCAUGAAACCCUUUGCUUAUGUGAAACCCAUCGUACGUGAGAUGCCGAAGCUCACAGAACCAGCUCCUCCUGUAGAAAGAAGCCGCCGUCGGGAAAGACGCCGGCGUGUACAAAGAGACCGCGAUGGAGAAGAAAGCCACAUCUGGGAAAGAAGCCGCCACAGGAGGGCAGGCCUUCCUAGGGAAGCCAGCCCUCCCCCAGAGCUAGGACACUUCAUGUGGUCAAGUUUUCAUAGAGAGCUGGACCACUAUGUAGAGCCAGAAACCAGCCAGGCACCCUCGUAUGCUUUUAUUGAAGCAACUGCAACAGAAGAGGACAUGCUGCACAUCAACAGCUCCUACGCAUUCCAGCUGGGGAGGAGAUCCCAGACGCUACCCAACGCCUCUGGCUACUGGGAUCUCAUGGGGUCCCCUACUUCAGGCAUCUAUCCCACCGUGGGAUUCAGACCCCUGACUGGCUCAACUUUGCGUGUCGUGCAGACUUCCUUUGGCACAUAUGUGUAUGGGAUUCCAGCCUUCUUCACCCACAUGGCACAUCCUGAUCUGGACUUUUGUUAA